GAAUCAUAAAUCGCUUCCUUUAAGCUUCCUGGUUCCAAAGUAUUGCACAGUAUUGAGCCAGUUGGUUCAGUCAGCUCUGUUUUCAGCUUAUGGAGGAGAGAAGAAACACAUAGAGAUCAAGUAUGGAGAAUGGAAAGCUGUCGAGGGAGGAGGCGUUGGAAAACUCAAGCUGCAAACAUGCAUGCCAUGUCCUGUUCUACUGCGACACAAACACUCUGCUGUUUGAGAGAAUUCCCAUUAAACAUAUCAUUUUGAUGCAGAUGCGCUUUGACGGUCUGCUGGGUUUCCCUGGCGGGCUCGUUAACCCACAGGAGGAGACCCUGGAGGCGGGGCUUAGCAGGGAACUGUUGGAGGAGGUGGGCGUGGCACUUCCUAUGUCAGUGGAGGAUCAUGUGGAUGCCCGCUAUGCCCCUUCUAAAUCCUCCUCCAAACCCCUCUCUGGUCUUAUCACUCACUUUUACGUGAGGAAGAUGGAUGAGGAGCAGAUUAGAGAGAUGGAGAGAGCGUCUGCUUCCACCGCGACAGAUCAUGGACUGGAGGUGCUAGGCAUGGUCCGAGUCCCCCUCUACACCAUGAGAGGAGGAAAAGGCCUCCCAUCGUUCCUCUCACACUCUUUCAUCGGCAACGCUCGCUCCCAGCUGGUCGACUUUCUCCUCCGUCUAAACCUGGUGGCCCCUUGGGACUUGCGCAAUGCUCUCGCAGACUCUUUGAAGACACACGCAGACAAAGCACACGACCUGAGAGCGGCCCUCGCGCUGACGCAGGCAAACAGGAAACGUUUUGAAAGCACACCUGCACGUGCUCCUGCAACAUCCUCUCAAACAAGCUCAUAGAUUCAGUUUGGCCAUCAGCAGGGUUUGACUCAAUCUUUCUCACAAAGUUAAUCCUAAAUACACACACACACACACACACACACACACACACACACACACACACACACACACACACACACACACACACACACACACACACACACAGACACACACUGUCACACUGAUGCUCAGAUGAUGACUCAUAAUUGCCUACUUUGCAUCAAACAGUUUGGAGAAAAUGUGAGCUGGAAAUAAAAUCAUUAACACUCCAUUAAAUUCACAUUUUCUGCCGUUUUUAUUAUACAACAUAACAACUUUUUCUUUUUUAUGGAAGCUAUUGUUACUCUUAUUAAUAAUACUGCAAAAAACUCUGUUUGUUAUACAUUUUUGGUUGGACAUGGCUCUUCUGUAUCAUGCAAUCUGCAUCAGCACCCAGGAUAGUUCACACCUGACAAUAAAACAGAAGAUGUUUUCAUCAAA